AUGAGACUAGUACAUACAAAAGCAAGACCAUUACGACAUUUACUGACAUCUAUUACGCUUCAUAUAGUACUACCAUAUAGACUACAAUCUACUACUGGCUUUGGAAUGCCUCUCCCACAAACCCAGAAUAGCAAUGACGAGGCAGUCGCCUUCCUGACCUUCUCUCCAAAUUCGAUCCCUUAUGCCGAAGUAGCCUCCUAUUAUCAUGCUCGUGAACAGGAACCCACAGCUCCAUCAUUGCGUGUUGGAUUGACUUAUGACAUCUUGGCUCCUGCAAGCCUAACAAUCCGUGAUGCAUCCCAGCCAAAUGGAAAGACAAUCAUCUCGGGAAAAUCAAACAUCGCCAGAUUCAUUGCCAGAGCAUUCUACGGUCAUGCUGGCUCUCUAAGCACGAAACUGUCACCUGCACUUCAAGCUCAAACUGAUGUCUGGUUGGAUGCUGUCAAGCCAGACAGUAAAACUCCAAUAUCUAUAGACAAGUUGAUCCAAACUAUAGACUCCCAACAUGGAAUGUUGAUGGAUGGUGUAAAAGAUGUCACGGUUGCUGACUUUAUGGCCUGGGACUUUGUCAAGAGAACCACAGCUACAACACCUGCUACUGCAAACGGAGUCAAAAAGCACGCUGCAUAUGAUAAAUGGCUGGCCCGUGUCGAAGAAGCCCCAUCUACGCAAAAAGCACUACAUGAUAUAGAAUUAGCAUUGAGGGGUGUCAACCAUUUGGAAAUCUUUCGACAUGCUAUUGCCUCACAGAUAUCUGCUACUCUCAAUCUACCAAUCAGCACUAUUCGCCCUGUAAUCGAAGUCCCUGCUGAUAAUCGUAAUGGUGACUUUGCCGUGCCUAUACCUCGAUUACAGCUGCCCGGUAAUCCUGUAGAAAUAUGCAAGAAGGUUGCUGAAAAAAUAACACCCAACGAGUAUAUACUAUCAUGCAAGCCAUUAGGACCCUUCCUCAACUUUGUCACAAACCGCACCGUCUUACGUGACCGUGUCAUCCCGCAAGUACUAGAACUUGGCUCCCUUUACGGUCGAAAUGCAUCUGGAUUUGGUAAAUUGGCCAUCUCAGAGUUUAGUAGUCCAAAUAUCGCAAAGCCCUUCCAUCUAGGGCAUUUACGAAGUACCAUCAUUGGUAACUUUAUCAAAAACAUAUUGGAGGCUAACGGAUGGGCUACUGUAUCGAUCAACUAUUUGGGUGAUUGGGGUAAACAGUACGGUGUGCUGGCUGUUGGAUUUGAUCGAUAUGGAAGUGCUACCAAGAUCAAGGAAGAUCCGAUUCGACACUUGUUUGAUGUUUAUGUGCAGAUAAAUAAUGACAUGGGGAAAGACAAGGAAGCUCCACAAUAUAAGGAAAUCAAUGAAGCUGCACGUGCCUACUUCAAGAGAAUGGAAGAUGGUGAUCCAUCAGCUCUGGCAGUGUGGCAGCAAAUGCGUGAUUUGAGUAUUGAAGCCUACAAGCUUGCUUAUGGCCGAUUAAAUAUUGGAUUUGAUGUAUAUUCUGGAGAGUCACAAUACUCAUUGGCCGAAAUGAAUGAUGUACUGAAGGACCUGCGAGCCAUGGGUCUUUUAGAAGUAUCCCAAGGAGCGGAACUUGUAAAUCUCGAAUCAUAUGGACACGCAAAAGCUCUCAUUACCAAAUCUGACGGCAGUAUGCUGUAUCUCUCUCGAGAUAUCGCAGCUGCUAUUGAUCGAUACAACUAUUACCACUUUGAUCACAUGUAUUAUGUGGUGGCCAGUCAACAAGAUCUGCACUUUAAGCAACUCUUCACCAUACUGUCACUCAUGGGUAAAUCAUGGUCGAAACAAUGCACCCAUAUAUCGUUUGGUAUGAUUAAAUCCAAGGAUGGUAAUAUGAGUACUCGAAAGGGUACUGUUGUAUUCCUUGAAGAUAUCUUGAAUAGUGUCAAAGAUGAAAUGCAUGAUUUGAUGAAGGCCAAUGAAGUGAAGUAUGCUCAGGUUGAGAAUCCGGAAAGGACGGCUGACAUUGUGGGGCAGUCUGCUGUUAUGAUUCAGGAUAUGUCUGCUCGUCGAAACAAGGAUUAUGAAUUUAACAUGGACCGUAUGCUUGCCUUUGAAGGUGACACUGGGCCAUAUCUUCAGUAUGCCCACUCCCGCUUAUGUUCCAUUGAACGUCGAUCAGGAUUGACAAUCCCAGCCAAAUUCUCCUUAUCAAAUCUCGAAAACGACAAGGAAAUGGGACCUUUAAUAGACAUGAUCUCACAACUACCCGAUGCCAUAAUAGAUGCAUCUCGAAAUAUGGAGCCAUCCACCAUAGUCACGUAUUUGAUGAAGCUGUCACAUACAGUCUCGUCGGCAUUGAACGAGUUGGUGGUUAUUGGUGAAAAGAACAAGGAUACAGCUAUUGCUAGAUUGGCGGUGUAUAAGGCAUCACGUAUUGCAUUAGGAAAUGGGAUGUCUGUGUUAGGUCUUUUGCCCUUGGAACGUAUGUAG